GAUGAAUCACUUGAGGAGCGGUCGAUUUGAAUAGAGGGGGGGGACUGCACGCGUCUCCAUAGAAACGGGCAGGAAGUAACUGCGGGCAAUUUCUGCAAUGUCCCGCAUAGUGAUUCCGUCCCUGAAUGUGGGUCCCUCGACUCCAGAGGCGUUGUCCUUACUACACCAGCGCCUUUUGGUGGCCGAGGAGCAGGCCGAAGCUCUCAUCAAAGACAUGAACAGUUUAGGGGUCUCCAGAGAGCGGCUGCUGGAGCCGGUGGACGUCCAGCGUCCUGUUAGCCCCCUGAAGAUGAGGCGAAUACUCGGGGGAGUAGAGGGGGUCGAGGGGACUCUGUGGCGCCAGUGCAACUCGUUGGUGAGCAGAGUGUGUAGGGUGGAGAGUCUGCUGCAAACCCUCAAGCUCACCACCUUCCGCCUGGAGACAGAGAGAGAGAUGGACCCGUCGCACUCAGCCCGCCUGAAGGAGCAGCUGGCAGUACUGCAGCAGGAGAGCGAGGAGGAGCAGAGGACCUCCAUGAGGGAGGUGAUGAAACUGAGGGACCAGCUCUGUCAGGCCUGUGUGGACAGAGAUGAGGCCCAGCAGGAGGUCCACAGGCUGGCUGAGGCCCUGGAGCAGGCCACCACUACCAAGAUGGAUGUGGCUUUGGCUGCUGAGGAGUUGAAGGUGAUUAAAGUCCAGAUGAGCGAGAAACUGACAGAGAUGGAGGAUCAGGUGACCCAGGAGUCUGCUCGCUCUUUCAAGGCUUUCAAAUCCCAGAGUGAGCUCCUUCAGAGGGUGGAGGAGAUGGAGAGAGUGGUGGAGAAGGAGAGAAGACAGGCUCAGAUGGUACAGGAACACUGCAAAGCCCUUGGUUCUGACGCACAGUCUAUCAGAGAAAGACUACAGGAAGAGGAGGAGAGAGGGCGGAGACUGCAAGAGGAGUGUCAGCAGCUCAAGGAUCAGACUGAGGUGAAAGAUUCCUUGGUGUUUGAAUUGACUAAUGAACUGAAAAGUGCACGGCUGGCCCUUCAGAAGCAGCAGCAGGAGAACAGCUGGCUGUUGAAGGAUGGCGUGGAGCUGAGAGCAGUUGCAGACAAACUACAGAGUCUGAAUGACCAGUUGGAGAACCAGUGCUCUGAACUGAGUGCUGCCCUACGUUCUGUCACAGUGGAGAACACCAGGCUACAGACGGAACACCAAGCAAGCAUCAAGGCGGAGAGAGGCCGCGUGGUCAAGCAGAUACAAGAGCAAGACCUAAUACUGGAGGCAGCCAGACGCAACAUCCAAGGGGAACUGAAGAGGGCUCUGUCGGAGAAGGUUCAACUGCAGUCGGAGCUGGAGACUCUGAAAGAUGACCACACCCUGCUUGUUCAGAGUUCCACGGUUACCCAGGAGACAGCUGUCACUCAGAGGGAACUGCUGGAGCGUACCAUUGAGAGGUUACGGGGGGAGCUGAAGACCGCCCAAAAAGACAGAGAUGUCAUGAGACAAAACAGGGACUCUGCUAAAACGGAGAUAUGUGUAGUGGUCGCUAAGCUUGAGGGAGAGAGGAGCUCACUGGAGCGUCAACUCACUGAGACUAAGCGGGAGGCGGAGACUCUGAGCUCCACCUUGCAGAGACUGGAAGGAGAGAACAGGAGGCUCAUGGGAAAGUUGGCAGCAAUGGAGCACCAACAGCAUGCACAGCAGCAGGUGGAACAGAUGCUGGAGGAGCUUACUGACAACAAGAGCAAGCUGGCUUAUGAGAAAGGAAAACUACAGAAGAGGGUGGAUCAUCUUGAGGAGGAGCUACAAGCUCUGAAGGAUGCCCAGGUAGAAACUGUGCAACAAAACAAGGCCAGCACUUGUCUGGAGAACAAGUACACGCAGGCUAGCGCUGAACUGAGUACAUGGAAGACAUCCUGCCAUAAGCUGGAGAAGCAACUCAAACAGACCGGGGAGGAGGUGCAGGCCCAGCGGGGGGUGUUGGCGGUGGCCUUGGCGGAGAGGGAGCGCGCCGUGUCGGCACUCCAGAGGUCGAGGGAACAGCUUUCCCGUCUGCAGGAGCAGCACAGGGACAAGCAGGGUGAGCUGGGGGGUUCCUCCCAGGGUGGGGGCACGUUGACCCAGACCCUGGAGGGGGUCAUGGCCUCCCAUGCCAGACUCCAGCUCAGCACAGAGAGCCUGCAGCAGGAGCUGGGGGGGCAGGAACAGGAGCUGGUCGCGCUCAGGAGAGACAAACUGCAGGGUCAGACAGAGGUCGGGAGACUACAGACAGAGGUGAAGAAUCUGCAAGUCAUCCUGCAAACCACUCGCUCAAAGAGAAACAAACUGGGACCCCUGAGAGAAACCUUAGACAUGGCCAGGCUGGACAACAAAAAACUAGCUCUGAGUUUAGAGCAAGCUGUGUUGGCCAACACUACCCUGCAGGGGAAGCUUGACAUGGCUAGAGACCAUCACCAGAAUACUGUCUUACAGAGAGAGGCGGAGCUACACGAGGCCAGGGCACAGAUUGGUCAACUUUCUGAGCAUUUGGAUCACAUGAGUAAAGAGAAGGACUCUCUGAGGAAGGUGUCUAAAACAGAGAUCUCCGAGUUAAAAAAGGCUCUGGAAGACUCUUCUGCCAAGUCAGGUGACCUUUCCCGAGCCAAUCGGGAGCUUCGGGAGAAGGUGUCUGAGCUGGAGAAGAUGGUGUCCAAUCAGAGAGACCGUAUUAAAGAUCAGAAGACCCAGCUAAAGCAACACCUGGAGAGCAGAGCUGUGCUGAUUAACUCCCACAAACUAAAGAACAUGGAGGUGGAGCUGAAGAACGUGGAAGCUCUUAAGGAAGAGUAUGAGAGGAAGAACCUUGAGCAGGGCCAGCAGAUCCAGCAGUUCCGCAGUGAGACCACUUCCCUCCAGAGGGAGCUGCAGCGACUGUCAUUCAGCCAGGAGGGGGAGCUAGAGGCAGAGAGGGAGAUGAGACUGGCGAUGCAGGACAAGUGUCAGAGGUUGGAGGAGGAGAUUCGGAAGCUGCAGGAGGCCAAGGAUGAGGCCGAGCAGAAGCUAUGGGACGUGAGUCUGGAGUCCCAGCAGAUCUCUGAGAACUUGGAGGCUCACCACUGGUUUCGCUCCAACUUCGACGUCCCGAGAACCAGGACUCCGGGGGAGGAACCACAGCAGAGCAGGCUGCGUUCCCCAGGGAGCGCUAAAGACGGCGAGCGCACCCCCUCAUCCAGACACCGCAGGAAGCCAGCAAGCGACAGUGUGGAACCAGACUGGCAGAGAUGGACCUCUACCAUGCACCGCUGGGAGACCAAGAGAGAGCUGGCACGCAUCGCCAAGGGAUACAAACCUGGACAGACCAGCACAAUGACACACACACACUGACACACAAUGAAUGACACGUUGAACAUUGACAAUGGUAAAUGUUAUAUCAGCCAUAUGUGUUAGCAGCUGUAUAGUUGAGAAGUGUUUGUAAGCUGUUUAACUUGGGGGGGGGGGGGGG